AAAGGUUCCGUCCGUCAUUUGAUCGCCAUACCCCAAUUUGUUCCUGACUAUCAGUGGCCUUAUCAGAACACGUCGAUUUUCCGAAUCUCGAUUUUUGAAAUCGAAGGAUUAACGACAUGUCUUCGAGGUGCAGGACUGACGGCUGCACAAAUUGGGCCGCGACAGGAAACGAAUAUUGCUUGGAGCACCUGUCUCAACGUAAAGAAAUUGGCAAAGCGAGUCUGCCUAUCGAGCACACAACCACCAGUUAUCCCAUGCAGCUAACGGGUGCAAAUGACCUGUUCGACCGUUGUUCCGAUGCCACGACCACUUUUCUCAAGGUGGACUGCUAGCCACCCGAAUAGCCUGACGUUUCGCGGCUCGCCUGGAAUGAAGUAUCCGCCUACACUGCUACGAUACAGUUUUCCUGACCCUACACCGAUUCUUCUAUAGGUACUGGCAUUCUACUGCGACCUUGCAAGUAUCAGAAAAUUCUGAUACAAGUAUCUCUGAUGGUGGACGGAGUAAACACUCAGAAGAGUAAUCGGCUCGUCUGUAGUUUGCUAGGUCUCUUCAAAGGCCGAAUCGUACAGCAUUUAUUCUGUUGCAA